CAUGAAAAGAAUAAUGAGACUUAAAAAUGUCAGUUUCACUUUGUUCCAGUAAAACCAAAAUUGUGGAACCAUAGAGCUCUAAGCCACAGUACCGACACGGAACUGUUUCAUGAUACACCCACGGAGGCAACGUUUGAAAUGGCUGUUACGCUUCACACCGAUCUGGGAGACGUUAAAAUCGAGUUGUUCUGUGAGCGCACACCGAAAACCUGUGAGAAUUUUCUUGCCCUGUGUGCCAGUGGGUUCUACCGUGGUUGUCUCUUCCACCGAAACAUUAAAGGCUUCAUGGUUCAAACUGGAGACCCAACAGGCACAGGGAAAGGGGGAACAAGUAUAUGGGGUCGCAAAUUUGAGGAUGAGUUCAGCGAACAUUUAAAACAUAAUGUAAGAGGCGUGGUCUCAAUGGCAAACACGGGCCCCAACACAAACGGCUCACAGUUUUUCUUCACGUAUGCCAAACAGCCCCACCUGGACAUGAAGUACACAGUGUUUGGAAAGAUUAUUGAUGGCCUGGAAACCCUGGAUGAACUGGAGAAGCUGCCUGUCAACGAAAAGACAUUUCGACCAUUGACUGAGACCCGGAUAAAGGAUGUGACAGUUCAUGCAAACCCUUUUGCUGGAUAGA